AUGGAUUGUUUACUUAUUCGUACUGGUACCUAUGCAACUGUAUACAAAGGUAAAAGUCUUCUAACAGAAACACUAGUUGCUUUAAAAGAAAUACGUUUGGAACAUGAUGAAGGUGCACCAUGUACAGCUAUACGUGAAGUUAGCCUAUUGCGUAAUCUACGCCAUGCAAAUAUAGUCACUUUACAUGAUAUCAUUCAUACUGAGAAGUCGUUAACAUUAGUCUUUGAAUAUGUGUCAAAUAAUACUGUCUUAUUGAAAUAUUUACUAUCUAUCAAAAUAACUAUUUUUCAUUCCUAA